AUGGGCGGAGGAGGGCGCAGGCAACAGCCUGUGCAGUGGCCGCAGGGUGUAUCAGACGAGGUCUCCAAGACAAUGUCGUGGCUAAAGGGCACGGAGUGGGCCUGGAACAACGAUGGCUUCACCAUCAAACUAACUCGCGAUGGAGACAUCGAGGCACCCAUCCAGCAGUGCCAGCGUGGUUGCAAAUGGACUGCCGAGAAUGGCAAGCUGUACCUGUCCGUUGGCAAUGCAGGGAUCUUCGAGUUAGUUGCGCCUGACCCGAAGCCGUCCCGGCUUGAGGGCCAGCGGCUGAAAGGCAACUCCAAGCGAAAUCCGCGGGAGCGCUUGACGCUGACAUUCAACCGGAUAUUUGACCACGAAGCUGUGGACUUGGACAAGGAUUUGUAUGAAGUUCUCGGCCUCGCCGAAGACGCUGAUGAGGCGAGCAUCAAGAAGGUGUAUCGCAAGCUCUCGAUUCAGCACCACCCGGACAAGAAUCCAGACGAGGCGUCCAAAGCCAAGUUCGCCGAGAUCCGAGAUGCGUACGAGGUUCUCAACGAUCCGGACAAGAAAAUCCUGUACGAUACAGGUGGCAUGGCGGCCGUCAAGGACUCCGAGAAGGGCAAGGUCGAGACAACCAGUGACGUCAACUCCGAAAUUGAGGUGGGCCUAGAAGACCUCUACCUAGGCACCGAGUUCCGCGCCACGGUCAAGCGAGGAAUCGUUUGCAGAGGUUGUCGGAAGAACCCCAACUCCCCCAACUGCAAGGGCUGUCGAAAAUGUAAGAACCAGAUCAAGGUGGUGCAGGUCCAGAUGGGCCCAUUCCUCACCCAGCAGCAGCAGGAAGUACCCAGCAAGGAGAAGUGCAAGGACGUCGAUGCACCGCUGGAUGUUCACAUUGAGAAAGGCAUGGCCAGCGGUGACACGGUCACAUUCCCGCGAAUGGCGGAGGAGCGCCCCGGCAUGCUGCCUGGAAGUGUCAUCCUCAAGCUGAAGGCCAAGAAGCACCCGCGUUUCGAGCGUCGCGGAAGCGACUUGCACACCGACUUGAAGAUCAGCCUGCGAGAGUCACUCCUGGGCUGGUCUAGAACCAUCCAGCACUUGGAUGGACACGAAGUCGAAAUCAAGCAGACCGAUGUGACCAAGCACCUGCAGGUCUUGAAAACACGAAGCGAGGGGAUGCCGCACCGUGAUGAUCCUGCUAGCUUCGGAGACCUCCACGUGAAGGUGUCCGUCGAGUUCCCAAAAACCUUGACUCCGCAGCAACGUGAAGCCAUCGCGCAAGUAUUCCCAGAUGGAAGAAGCGAGCUUUGA